GACAAGAAGGAGGACCCAUGGCAGGAAGCCGAGCCGCCGAAGCCGACAUCAUGGCUACCUAUGCCGAGCUUGAAAACGAUCCGAAGGCUCGCAAUCUGGAAUCUGCCCUGGAGCAAGCCCUCAAGGAAGCCGUCGACGAUGACACUUAUCGGACGGUCAAACGGAUGAGCUACUCGAGCAAUGCGGCAAGCGAGAUUGCCGACCGCCUGUUCGGUUCCAGUUCCGGUGCAGCGGCCAGUAGUGCCCAUCAAUCGAUUCCCCCGUCGGCAUCUGCCAUCAGAAAUUCCAAGAACACGGCUGAUCUAAAGUUGCUGGAAAAGCUGGUGACAUCGUUGCUCGAUGCUCAGAAUGCACCUGGGUCUGGAUCCGGUUCCGGUGCAGGAGGACGUAGCAGCGGCUCAAUGAUGCGGCGACUGCGGCCCAUGUCCAGAUCGUUCCGGUUGCCCAGUUCCAUUAGGAGACACAACAACAACAGCAAUCAAAGUAACGUCGAUGGAACCGGGAAUGUUGGGCUGGAAGAGCGGGGCAGAACGAUGCCAACCAUCCGGGAAUCCGCUGGCAGUGGUCAGAGAGUCAACUCCUGGGGAAGUCGGAGCCAGAGUGGAAACGUUCGUCGGAUUCUGGAUUCCAUCACCAAUGCACCGCAAAGGUUUAGCCAAUCAUUGGCCGGUCGUGGUCAGGAAGACGAGGACGAGGAGAGUAGCAACUUGACACAGAACAUUUUAUGAGCCAAUAACUAUAUAGUGAGCUUCACCAUUAAAGAGCACCUGAAGUAGAUGCUUGAAA